AUGGGUGGGGCACAGAGUACGGAGCAAGGUCAAUAUGGUUUUCAUGUUUUAAAGGUCAAAGAAAAUUCACCGGCUUUUCAUGCUGGCAUUGAACAAUUCUUCGAUUACAUCGUUACCAUCAAUGGGCAGCCAUUGAGCAAUGGGGAUAAUCAACUUUUGUUGAAAACGUUGCAGGAAUUUGAAGGCAAGCCGCUACCGAUGGGGAUUUAUUCAAGUAAAGAUCAGGAAUUUCGUGAAAUUACUCUCAUACCUAGUCGAAAUUGGCAUCCUACUGAUCCGACGGAAAAAAGUUUGAUAGCCGGUGAAAACGUUUGGCAUGUAUUGGAUGUAUCACCGAACUCACCUGCAGAAAUGGCGGGUAUUAUACCUUACUCUGACUACAUUAUUGGCAGCCCUCAUAUGACAUUGAGAAAUGAAGAUGAUUUUUAUAGUCUAGUGGAAGAAUAUCUUGGAAAACCACUGAGACUCUACUUAUACAACUCAGAGUGGGAUAGUUGUAGAGAGUGUAUCAUUGUACCAAAUCAUGAAUGGGGAGGAAAUGGAUCACUAGGCUGUGACGUUGGGUAUGGAUUAUUGCACAGAAUACCUCGGAGAAAAAAGGUUGAAGUUGAGGAUAGUAACAAUAUGGAAGCUGUCACAAACAACUUACAUGACGAUGUGAACUCACACUAUGGAUCUACAAAUAUAACUCCACAAGAAGAACCUUCACAAAGAGAAGAGAGUGAUCAGAAAAGAAGUAAUAGAUCUGAUUCUGUCAACUAUAGUGACACGAUAUUCAACGCGCCUGACUAUCAGCAACCAGAGGAAGAAGAAGAACAUGAAGAGUCAAAGGCGGCUUCUGCGGCGCCUCCAACCAAGACCGCUAAUACUACAGCAUCUCUUGCGGAAGAAAUGGAGCAUAUGGAGAUUAAAGAAAAUGAGAACGACAGUAGUGACAAUAACAAGAACAUGAAGAAGGAAAACGAAGAAGAAGAGUCCACAAGACCUGAAAAGGAUGAAGAUGACAAUGAAGAAAGAGAAAACGCCAAAAAGGAGCCUUCAGACAGCAGCAGUCGUAGUAAAGAUAAAACUGGUCAGCACUAA